UUCACAACCCAAAUGGGUAUCUCCAUGAACAAUGGGUCAGUGACUCCAAAACAUUACCACAUCCACAAGGUGUUCCUUUUCUGCAACUACAUACUCUUGGGUGCAGCCUCUAGUUGCAUCUUCCUCACCCUCUCUCUGCGCCUCUUACCUUCUCUGUGUGGCUUCUUCUUGAUCCUUCUCCACGUCUUAACCAUUGCAGGUGCUGUGGCAGGUUGUGCAGCUGUCUCAGGUGCUAACCGUUGGUAUUCUGCUCACAUGGUGGCCACAGUGCUCACUGCCAUAUUUCAGGGUUCAGUUUCGGUGCUGAUAUUCACAAGGACACAAGAUUUUCUUGGGGAGUUGAAGUCUUAUGUGAGAGAAGAGGAUGCUUCUGUGAUACUCAAGUUGGGUGGUGGACUCACUAUUUUGAUAUUUUGCUUGGAGUGGGUGGUUUUGACACUUGCAUUUUUCUUGAAGUAUUAUGCUUAUGUUGAAGGUGGUAAUAAUGGAGUUGUUGCUAUGAGGAGUGCUAAGGUGCAGCAAGAAGAGGAUUUGAAGGAUUGGCCAUGGCCUUUUCAAGUUUAA